UAUGUGAGCAACAUAUUAACUACAACAUUACUUGUUCAAAACAAAUAUAUAAUAUUUAAAAUGUCACAAGCGGAUGGCGGUGUCAUACCAGUGACAAAUAAUCAGAACGGUGCAACUGUACCUAAUAAUCAGAACGGUGCAACUGUACCUAAUAAUCGUAUUGCUGGUGGAGCAACUUGGAGAACCUAUAAUAAUAACAUGAACAAUACUAGGAAUAAUAAUAAUCAAAACCCAUUAGUUAAUGUACGAGACAGAUUAUUUCAUGCAAUAUUCAUUAAAGUUGCAUUAAGUUAUGCAAGAACAUUUCCAAGGCCUGUCAGAAGAUUAAUAGAAUUUGUAGUUCUAUUAAAGGCUAUACUAGCAUUCUUCGUGUUGGCCUAUAUUCACAUAGUAUUUUCACGAGCACCAAUUAAUUGUUUAGAACACAUAAGAGAUGAUUGGCCACGGGAUGGCAUAUUAAGAGUUGAAAUACUUAGAAACGGAGGAGAAGACUAUAGUAUAGAGAAGAGUUAUGCAAAAGAAGAGAAACUUAGACAAGAAAAAGUUGAUCAUUCAAUUAAUACUUUGGGCAUAUUACCUAGAGAUGUUGGUAGGUUCAUUAAUAUUGAACCAUCUGCCGUUGAUAAAGAUAGGGAUACUGCCAAAAUAUCCACUGAAGAAAAUCAUGACAGUUUAACAUUAUCUGAAAAAGAAACAGCUACCAGAAGUGCUAUUGCCCUCCAAGAGACACAAGAUCCAAAUUUAAGUAUAAGUAACACAACAACAAGUCCAUUGUAUUCAACCAAAAUGUGGAAUGAAGUAGAUGCAGAUAGUAAAGAAACUUCGGAUGAGAAAAUAGUACAACUAACAAACGCACAGAACAAUACUGGAGAAGAAGAUCCAAAUAAAACCAACACAGAAGAUGUCAUUCAACCUUUAAAAGAACAGAACUCUGAAAAUGAUAAAGUAACAAGAACAGAUGAUGGUUACAUUGUAGAAUAUUCAUUAGAAUAUGGUUUUUUGAGAUUAUCGCCCGUUGCCAGACAAAGGUUAAAUAUUCCUGUAAAAAUUGUUACUUUGGAUCCAGUGAAUGAUAAAUGUUUUGGUGAUGAUUUUUCAAGACUAAUACUCGAUGAAAUCUUGGGAUAUGAUGAUUUACUCAUGGCGAGUAUUAAGACACUAGCAGAGCACGAAGACAAUAACGGGUUUUUGAGAAAUGUGGUAACUGGAGAACAUUACCGAUUUGUUAGCAUGUGGAUGGCUAGAACUUCGUAUCUCGCUGCAUUCUUUAUCAUGUUAGUCUUUACCAUCUCCAUUUCGAUGUUGCUACGGUACUCACACCAUCAGAUUUUCGUGUUUAUCGUGGACCUGCUUCAAAUGUUGGAGUUGAAUUUAACGGUAUCCUUUCCGGCUACAUCUCUUCUCACGGUGAUCCUGGCUCUUGUCGGAAUGGAGGCGAUUAUGUCAGAAUUUUUCAACGACACCACGACUGCCUUUUACAUCAUAUUAAUCGUCUGGAUGGCUGAUCAGUAUGAUGCCAUUUGCUGUCAUACACCGAUCUCGAAGAGACAUUGGUUGCGGUUCUUCUAUCUUUAUCACUUCUCGUUCUACGCUUACCAUUAUCGAUUUAACGGGCAGUACAGCAGCCUUGCGCUCAUCACAUCUUGGCUGUUCACAAUGCACUCGAUGGUAUACUUCUUCCACCAUUACGAGCUACCUGUGAUCCUACAACAGGCGCAAUUGCAGCAUCUUCUCUUCCGCAACAACCGUCAGCCCGGUAUGCCUGAACCGUCAGCUGAACCUGCGUCCAGGGCGGACUCUGUGCUCAUAACUCCUUCGGCCACUGUGGAGGCCUCGGUGGCACAGGAACUAUCGGUUGCCAGGGUAUCGGACACGGCAGAAGAGGGAUCGCCGUCCAAUGAAAACCAGGUUCAGUCGGACACUGGAGACACAGCUGAAACACAAGCAGAAGAACAAACCAGAACUGUGACGGAAACUUCUGAGUCGAGUCCGGAGCAAAGGAACGAGGAAGCGACGGAGUGCCCGACGACGUCGAACACAGAAGCGAAACCAGUGGCGACGACGCCGGCGGUGGCGAUAUCUGGUAGCGGCGCGUCCUCCUCCUCCGAGGCGGGUGACAAUGGAUUGUCCACGGAUACGUCUACGUCGGAAGGGUUCGAGGUGAUCGAGGCCACGGAAGCGAGCCGGAAGGAAACAACCUCCCCGUCCUUACAGGACAAAUAG